GUCACCUCACUAAGUUAUUCAUUUCUGUUCCACACAAAUCUUCUUCAUCUUUGACUUUCAUUCAUUGUUUUCUCCUCCCUCACCAUCCAUCGUAGGCAGUUACUUUCCGUUGUUAUCAUCGCAAGCCCAGAAAAAAGAAAUGGUAUCAGUUUCAGUUAACUAACUGUUUGGUUGAUUGGAAGUGCUAUGGUAUGAUCCACCGCUGUCAUUGGACCACUGGAUUGUGGUUAUUCAUAAGCUAAUUUGAGAAGCUUAUUGAAAUAAGCUCAACGUAGAAUUAAGGAUUUGCAAGCAACCAAGAUGAGGUGAAUGAAAUAAGGAUACGAAGCAAAUGGCAGAAGCUGCAAUUUCGUUUGCUCUGGAGCAAAUUUUUCAACUCUUGAAAGAAAAAGGAGCUCUGUUGAAAGGCGUUCACAAAGAAUUUGCUGACAUAAAAGAUGAACUAGAAAUCAUUUUAGCCUUCCUCAAAGAUGCAGAUAGGAAGGCUUCAGAUGAAGGGAGUUCAAAAGAUGGAAUAAAAACUUGGGUGAAGCAGCUGAGAGAAUUGUCUUUUCGUAUAGAAGAUGUCAUUGCUGAGUACAAUAUUUAUGUAGCACAAGGGACUCAUCAUGCUGGAUACUCAGCUUUCCUCCAAAAAAUUUCUCACACGAUCACAACAGUAAAGCCUCUUCAUCGGAUAGCAUCCGAGAUUAAGGACAUUAAGGAAUCAGUUAGAGCACUCAAAGAUAGAGGUGAAAUGUACAACUGCAAGCCCUCACUUGAACAUGGAUCAAGAGGUGGCAAAUGGCAUGACCCUCGAAUGGUUUCCCUUUUCAUUGAAGAAGCUGAAGUUGUGGGAUUUGACAGCCCAAGGAAGCAAUUGGUUGAUUGGUUAGUGGACGGAUCUGCUGCGCGCACUGUGAUUUCAGUGGUUGGAAUGGGAGGACUCGGGAAAACCACUCUUACCAAGAAUGUUUUUGACAAUCAAAAGGUGAAAGGGCACUUCGAUACACGUGCUUUCAUCACAGUCUCUCAAACAUACACAGUAGAAGCCUUGUUGCGGGACGUACUAAAACAAUUCUAUACUGAGACCAAUGAGCCGUUUCCUGGAGCCAUAAACACCAUGAAUACCGUUUCACUUGUAGCUGAAAUGAGGAGUUACUUGCAGGAGAAGAGGUAUGUAAUAGUCUUUGAUGAUGUAUGGAAAGUAGAAUUUUGGGAUGAGAUCCAACUUGCUACACUUGAUAACAUGGGAAGUAGGAUAGUAAUCACAACCAGGAACUUGGAGGUUGCAAAUUAUUGUAAGAAAUCAUCUCUUGUUCGGGUGCACAAGUUGCAACCCUUGCCUCCAAGUAAAGCAUGGGAACUCUUCUGCAAGAAGGCGUUUCAGUUUGAUUUCAAUGGAAAUUGUCCACCAGAGCUAGAAGAGAUGUCUAGUGAAAUUGCUAAAAAAUGUGAGGGGUUACCCCUUGCAAUUGUGGCCAUUGGGGGUCUUUUGUCAACAAAAGAGAAAACUGUGUUUGAAUGGAAAAGACUAUGCCAAAACCUUAGCUUUGAGUUAGGGCGAAAUCCCCAUUUAACUAGUUUGACAAGAAUCUUAGCCCUCAGUUAUGAUGAUUUGCCCCAUUAUUUGAAAUCAUGUUUCUUGUAUUUUGGUAUAUAUCCGGAGGACUAUUCUAUCAGAUGCAUGAGAUUGGUUAGACAAUGGAUAGCUGAGGGAUUUAUUACAAAUGAGGAGGAAACAACAACAUUGGAGGAAGUUGCUGAACGAUACUUGACAGAGCUGAUCCACAGAAGCUUGGUUCAAGUUGAAGUUGACUACGACGGUAAGGCUUCAAGUUGCCGAGUCCAUGAUUUGCUAUAUCAAAUGAUCGUAGGAAAAGCGAAAGACUUGUGCUUUUGUCGUGUUGUUCUUAAAGAUGAUCAUCCAUCCCCUGAUGUGAUGACAGCUCGACGCUUGGCCAUAGCAACUGAUUCUUGUGAUGUGCUUGGCAACAUUGGACAAUACUCACAUAUCAGGUCCAUUUACAUAUUUGAAGCUAGUGGGAGGCCAGAUGAAUUGUUCAGUAAGUUCUUUGUAAAGUCUAAGCUUUUGAAAGUGUUGGAUUUGGAAGCUACAUCUUUGAAUUCUGUUCCUGAUGAUUUGGGGAAUAUUUUUCACUUAAGGUACUUGAGCUUAAGGAAAACAAAAGUUAAGUGCAUUCCGAAAUCCAUUGGUAAACUGCUGAACCUAGAGACCUUGGAUCUUAGAAACACACUAGUGCAGGAGUUGCCUAGCCAGAUAUACAAACUCAAAAAGUUGCGCUAUCUUCUAGUUUACUUCAGAAAUAGAAGUAAUACGAUUCAUGGUGAAACUGGAGUGCGGUUGAAUGGAAGUAUCGGAAACUUGACAUCUCUACAAAAGCUUUAUCAUGUGGAGGCAGACCAUGGUGGAUUGAACCUGAUAACAGAGCUGAGAAAGUUGAAGCAAUUAAGGAAGUUGGGUUUAAAGAAUGUAAGGACAGAGUUCGGAAAUGCUUUAUGUGACUCAAUGCAAGAUAUGAGUUGUCUUGAGUCUCUUUCUGUGAGUGCCAUUACAGAAGACGAAACCAUAGAUUUGCAGCGUAUUUCAUCUCUCCAUCACCUUCGGAAACUUCACUUCUUUGGUCGCUUAGACAAGUUACCAGACUGGGUCACAAGGCUUCAGUAUCUUGUUAGAUUGUCAAUUCAUUUUUCCAAGUUGAAGGAUGAUCAACUGAAGUCACUUAAAGAUCUACCGAAUUUAUUGCGUCUCUCAAUCGCACGCGAAGCAUAUGUUGGUGAGUCAUUGCAUUUUGAAGUUGGAUUUCAGAAACUGAAGAGACUAUAUCUUGUAGACUUGAAUGAAGUUAGCUCCAUUGUUAUAGAAAACGGAGCUUUACCUGCUCUUGAACGGCUUCUAUUGAUGCGCUUGCCUCAACUAAAGGAGAUGCCAUCGAGCUUUCACCUACUAAAAAGCCUUGAAACUUUGUAUUUGACUGAUAUGUCACAUGAGUUCAACCAAAGCAUUGAUCCAGAUCAUGGACCUAAGUAUUGGGUCAUCAAACAUGUGCAGAUGGUAUCGAUUAGAGAAAAGGUUGGUCCAAAUUUUCGCGACUACAACUAUCGCACCAUUCAUCAUCCGAGAGAUACAUGAAUACAAAAUUUCAAGGCUUCUCAUUUCUCAACGUGGAUGGAACUAGGAAUGUUGUGCACAACACGACCAUUUUGAAGUAAACUAUUGGGGUCAUACUGCCUCAAUACAAAUGAACCUCAUGAAUUUCUUUGAUAGUUAUUAAUGUUUUCAGGGGCAUUUUCUAUUCCUGUCACUGUUGUGUGCGUCUUUUAUUUUUCAAUGAAGUGACUAUGUUGAUGCAAUUUUGUUCAUUUUCUUAUGAUGUUUAGGUCAUUUCCUAGUUUGCAUUGUAUAUUGAACUAUCUAUCAGAAAUAAUACCAUGGGAGAUGAUAAAUGUCACAAUAA